UGUCCACAAGGAUUUGUCCUCCACGACAGUACAAAGUUUCUCUAGAAGGACGUCGAGAGACGAUUUCAGUGCCUUACGUUGGUUGCUGCGACGAGAGAUGGAGAAUAGUGGCGCUAACGGCGACAAACCAUCUGCACUUGGUAAGGCAGGCCUAGCCAAUCUUCAAGGACUAGAGAGCGCCGGCGCCAAAUUUCAGAUCAAAAGGAUAGCUGUGUGGGCGGUGCAAGGAGAGCAGCGCGAAGAGGCCCUUCUCUGUAGGAGGAAGUGUCGAAGAAGAGGCCUUGCAAGCAAGGGGACGAUGGCUCAGCGUAUCACUGUAGGCUGUCGGUCCAGUGGAAGGGGUCGGGCGUGGUGAGUAUAGAGCACUCCAAGCCCCGCUCCUUUCACCAUGAACAGAGCUCGAGAGACGUCAGCGCAGAGGUGAGAGGUGGUCGCCACGCCUUCCACAAUCAACUCACAUUCGCCGCAUUCGAUCAACGUCGAAGGGUACAGAGCAGGUGCCCAUCGCGGUCAACGGCCCGAGCGAGCUGUGACGUGGACGCUCAGGACCGGCGCGAUGAAGGGAGAUAGGAAAAAAUGUCGCAGGACAACUUAGGAACAAAACGCCGAGCCGAAUCCUCCGUUCAAACUGAAACGUCGACCGGAUCCUGCAAAAGUAGGCGCAAGAGAGUCAAAGUCCCCGCUCGCGCAUGACGGUAAGGAGGUUGUGGCAAGCGCUGGCCUUUGGCCGUCCACAGUACCAUGACUCUUUAUUAGCUGCUGUGUUCAGCAACCACACAUGCGAACCCCCGGGAAGCGGUGGCAAAUGUCCGAGCUUCAAGCGGCACAGCCGACUCCAACCAUCGCUUGAUGAAGAACUCGGCUAUGGUCACACACCUUGCACCCUGAGGUUCCAUGCGGCAAGUUGGCAGUGGUUCACAUUCAGAUUGAACGACGGAUUCUGAAAUUGAAGUCCAGAAGAGUGCAGAAGAGUCAAGCUAAGCGAGGUCUUUACAGCUUGAUGAAACCGAUCGCAUGCCCCAAUAUCCGAGGCGCGGCUCCAGAUGCAAUCAAGAUUUGACUAGCUCCGCGCAUUUCAUUUUUAUUUCACGUAGCCGCGCUGCGCUCCCUCGCUUAGAUUUUGCCGCGUCAGGCGCCUGCAUCCGCAGGACAGCAGGGACGACACAUAACCACCGAGCCAGAGUUAGCACCAUCGGGGACUCUGCGCAUCAGAGCACUUUCAAUGAGGGGCUGUGAUAGCCUUUCGAGGCUGUCACGCUGUGCUGCUGCGAGGCAUUCAAGACGUGCAGAAUGGGUCGUCCAGCAGGUGGUGUGAUGAAGGGCCCGAGCGUCUUAUCUCCUACCUCUCAGUCAGGCCCUACAGUUGCCUGGCCAUUUGUGGGCUCCACGAUUCGCUCGCGAGCGGCGCGAUCGAAGUUUCAGGGUGGCUAGCUCUCAUACGGUCCGACCAUCUUUGCAUGUAUGCACACAAUGCUCGCUUAGCUGCCUUCGAGAAGCAGGCUCGGAGAAUGAAUGGCAUUCGGCACCUCGAGCAGCCCGUCUUUGAGCCCAACUGGGGGAAGACAUCAGCCAAAACCCAGCAGAGGAGCGCCACGGCGCGGCUCCAUGGGCCCUACCGAACGCUCGUAUUUCGCUGAUUCGUCAUCGUCCCCUCUGACGACAUACAACCUACAGCGGGGGCGUGCAACUCGCUCUUUUUUGCCGCAUUGGAGUAUCCUCAAAGACUCGUCGACUGCUUCCAGCACAUGCCUCGCAUCGAACACGACACGAGCCUCAUAUCAAGGGGGCAUUUGAGCAUCGCAAGCAGUCAAAAUCGCAAUCAAACUCACAAUUCAUCGGCGCCGGACUUUCGGCGGGAGCGAGGGGCUUCACACCGUGCGCGCCAAGAAAGCGCAAACAUGCCGAUGAUCGUGCACAGCUGCUGGAAGCCACGAUUUUUGCUUUCCUGCGGGACCAUUCUAGAACCAGUUGAGAAGCUGCACGGAGACACCGAGCUUCUGGCAGCAGUUGUAGAUCAGCGUGGCCAUGCUCCGUCACGCGGCCGAGCAGACUGUUUGAGCUUUGCUUUGUUCCUCCUUCUCGUGCUCGGCAACUCGGCGCUACGUCUGAUCGCGUCGGCGAUCACACCGAGCUAGCGCGAGAGGUUCUCUCAUGCUACACACAUGCUAUGAAAGACCGUUGAAAGACAACACGACGGCGCGAGCUGAGAAACCGGGCGAGAAACUGGACAGCGAUCAUCAAUCGCAGUCUGCUUUUGGCGUACAUUUGGUGUGGUGUCGGGUCAGCAGCGGCCAUCGUGGCUGUUUUGCGAGUGGGCGGCAAGUGGCCCCGCCAAGCCCAGCAGGCACUUUCUUCGAUGCUCCGAAGCUUAAUUACUAUUCAAGCUUGUGUAUUCUUGAUUUGAUGCAUGCAAAUCCUCUUCGCAGGAAAUCUCGCAGCGUGGGCGAGGUGACCCGUGCAUCGGAUCAGAAACAAAUGCAGGUCCUUCGGACAUUCGGCGCAUUCCCCUCCCGCUCGCGUAUAAGCCACUGCAGCGCUUGCAGUAUAUAGGAGUCGCGCCGCCGCCUGUUCCUCAAGUCGCGAGUAGCUGCUGAUCCGUUUGCGGCUCCACUUUUCCCAAAGCGAUCUCGCGUCGAGGGGGUGUUGAAACAAUCAUACCGUACUCCGUUCCUGAGUCUCGCCACAGCCGGGAUUCGGCGUAUAUAACAAAAACAACCUCCGCUGUCGCGGCGAAAAUUUCCAUGGACACCACGGACAUUGACAUUUUAGGCAUCAAUGGGCCGAGGGCACGAUGAGAGCGCCACGAGCUACUUUUGGGGCACAAUCAGGUUUCGCGAAUAGAUCCCUUGCAUCGCUUCUGCAAUGAAGGUAUCAUGCUUCAGAUGUAAUGAUAACGUGCUAAGUCACGAACCAAUGGCUUCCACUCGAAGUCAGCUGCACUGGUAUCGUUUUGCACUUCACCUAAAAUGAGCCGGCCAGAGGUAAGCUAGCCGUCGCAAGUGUGAGACUCUACACGUCCAUCGGUCAUGGCGUGUGCAGUGAAGCCUUCAAGCUGACAUCAUUUUGACUUGCUGCACUCAUACUCGAGGUUAUCAAAUGCCGCGCUUGUCUGUAUGCUGGAGUGUCACGUCCGAUGGCCGUCCUCCGUCGGUUCAGGAGAUUUCUAAGCUGAGACGCAGACGUCCGAGCUCUUGCAUUGCGGAAUGUUUCCCGCGGCUCAAGCUAAUCAAGACACGUGCGCACGCGGUUUACAAAAUGCGAUGUGUCUAGUGUUCCCCCAAGCAACAUACUGAUGCGGGUCAUCU